AUGUUGAAGAUUGCACGCCGCACGGCACAGGCGGAGAAGCAGGCGGCGCGGCGCCAAAAGGUGCGGGAGCGGGCGCUCGAUGCCAUCCACAGCGACCGCGUGCGGUCGGUCCGUAACCUACUCAACGAGGAGAUCCAGCUGCAGGCGCGGCAGGCACGGCGAGCGCGCCGCGAGACGUGGACCAUGGGGCCGCUGGCCCCGCAGCGCAACCACGCGGGAGCCACGGCGGACGAGGCGCGGCGCGGCCGGAGCAGCCACACGAACCGGUUUGGCGGCGAGCUGUUUGCCGAGGAGAACCUGCCGCACUGGGGCACGCUGAGCAUACGGCGUCUGCGCAACGAGAACACGAGCACGAUUACGCCGCGGGAGGCCAAUGCGCGGUGUGCGUGGGCGGGGUCGGCCAAGACGCUGUGUCUGGCCGUGGGCGACCGCUGCGUGGUGGUGGAGGGCCCCUUCAAGGGCGCCAUUGGCCCCAUCAAGGACAUCCGGGCCGAGCAGGGCACCCUGACGCUCGAGGGCGUGGCGCGGACCAACAUUACGGUUCCGUCGUCGCUCGUCACCGAGGCCGAGCAGUCCGUGCACCAGAUCGAGUCGGCGAUCCCCAUCGACGCCGUGCGUCUCGUGCACCCGCUGACCGACCCGGCCACGGGCAAGACGCGCGACGUCAUUGUCCGUGAGCUCAGGCCCGUGGGCUUCUACCGGGACCGCCCGACGCACCGCUCGGGCUUCUCGCGUAUCGUGCCCGGCCUCAACGUGCGCAUCCCGUGGCCGCGCACGGCGCCGGCCGAGCACGAGGACCAGGACGGCGACACGCUGCGGAUCUAUGCGGAGCAAGUCACGUUUGUGCCGACGCUGCUGCGGCCGCCGGCGCCGGAGACGGUGCUGGACGAGCUGCGCAACAGGUACUCGCGGUUCCGCACGCGGCACACGCCCGAGUACGUUGCGGCCAAGGAGGCCGAGGAGGCGGCCAGGCAGGAGGCCAAGAAGUACGGCCCCGCGCUGGUCAAGGGCAAGCAGCCUGGUCUGUCGCCGCCGGGCAUGCGGACGCCGCUCGAGGAAUUCCACAUCCAGCAGAAGGCGCUGCGCCGGGCGCGCGGCCAGCCGGAGCUGUCGGACGACAUGCUGGAGCAGAUUGGCCGUCUGAUGGCGCAGAGCAAGAUCACGGCGCUGAACAAUGCGGGCAUGAGCGAGGUGCCGCCAUCAGAUGCACAGUCGACGACACAAGCACCGCAGCCAUGA